AGUCACAAGACCUGUCAGCUGAAUAUCGGUGCUGUGUCGCAGUAGUGAAAAAAUUUUCACACUUAAUUUUUGAAAAUUUGACUAAUUCCUGCGCCUGAAUUUGUGUGCAAACGCGCGCAUCAACUGUUUUUGCAUACCCAUCCAACUAAACAGCAAGCAAAAUGACUACCGCGCUAUAUUUGCCCGAGGAGAACAUCGAUAUGAUUGCUGCCACCUCGGUGCUGCAGCAGCAGGCGGCGGACAUUCGGAUGCGUACCAUUAACUGGGCUUCCUAUAUGCAAUCGCAGAUGAUUAGCCAAGAGGAUUAUCAGGCCAUUAGCGCUUUGGACAAAUCACGCGCUUCUUAUUUGACACAGAAUAGCACGCAGGCUGUGAAGACUUUGUUGAAUUUGGUUUCGCAUCUAUCCAAGGACUCGACCAUACAGUAUAUAUUGGUGCUGUUGGAUGAUCUGCUGCAGGAGGAUCGCUCCCGCGUCGAUCUCUUCCACGAAACAUCGGCCAAGUUGAAGCAGUGCAUUUGGGGUCCAUUCUUGAAUCUGCUGAAUCGUCAGGAUGGCUUCAUUGUGAACAUGGCGUCGCGUAUUUUGGCCAAAUUUGCAUGCUGGGGCCAUGAAUCUAUGCCCAAGUCUGAUCUGAACUUCUACUUGCAGUUCCUGAAGGAUCAACUGGCCAACAACAGCGCUGCCUAUCUGCAAGAUAUGGCCAAGCUGGCCAAGCGGGCACAAACAAUCAUUGUGCAUUCGCAUGGACAUGGCAAAGAUCAUCAUGGUGGCAAUCAGUACAGUCCUUCGGCGGUGCAGGCGCAGCUUCAAGAGCUGGCCAAUGAGAGCUAUCGUGAAAUGAAUUCGGAGCAGCAGGAUGGCAAAAGUGUUAUACCGAGCAACGAAUACAUUCAAUCUGUGGCGCGUUGCCUGCAAAUGAUGCUGAGAGUGGAUGAGUAUCGAUUUGCCUUUGUCAGCGUAGAUGGCAUUAGUACCCUGAUCCGUAUUCUGUCCACUCGCGUUAACUUCCAGGUGCAAUAUCAGCUGAUCUUCUGCCUCUGGGUGCUUACCUUCAAUCCCCUACUGGCGGCUAAAAUGAACAAGUUCAGCGUAAUACCCAUUCUGGCUGACAUUUUGAGCGAUUGUGCCAAGGAGAAGGUCACACGCAUAAUAUUGGCUGUUUUUCGCAAUCUGAUUGAGAAGCCCGAGGAUGCAUCGGUGGCCAAGGAUCAUUGCAUUGCCAUGGUGCAGUCGAAGGUGUUGAAACAGUUGUCCAUUUUGGAGCAGCGUCGUUUCGAUGAUGAGGACAUUACCGCUGAUGUUGAAUACCUGAGCGAGAAGUUGCAGAACUCUGUGCAGGAUCUGAGCUCUUUCGACGAGUAUGCGACGGAAGUACGCAGUGGUCGCCUAGAAUGGUCCCCGGUGCAUAAGUCGGCCAAGUUCUGGCGUGAGAAUGCCCAGCGUUUGAAUGAGAAGAACUACGAACUGUUGCGUAUCUUGGUGCAUUUGCUGGAAACCUCAAAGGAUGCGAUCAUAUUGUCUGUGGCAUGCUUCGAUAUUGGAGAGUAUGUGCGUCACUAUCCAAGAGGCAAACACGUGCUGGAGCAAUUGGGUGGCAAACAAAUUGUCAUGCAGCAUCUGGGCCAUGAGGAUCCCAAUGUCCGUUACGAAGCAUUGCUCGCUGUUCAAAAACUGAUGGUACACAAUUGGGAGUAUCUGGGCAAGCAACUGGAGAAGGAUAAUGAGAAUCAAAAGCAAGGCGCUGCACCCAUCGCUGGCAAGGCUUAAGCACCAAUACCAACAACAACACUACUUCUGCUAUUACAACAACAAUCCAUGUACAAGCGUGUUAGCCAGGCCUUGCUGCCCAAACUAAAACUUAACUUACAAUAAGAGUUGCGAGGGCUCUCAGCCCAUUUCGGGUCCUCGUACUCCCCAUUAACACAAACAUGUUUUCUUUCUAAACUAAGUCCUUGUUAGCCAAACGCUCUCGACUCACAUACACACACAUUUGAAGCUGGAAGAGGAAAUUUUAGACAGCGAUUCACGUUUUUGUUUGUUUUUCUGGCAUUCCAAAAAUGAAAAAAUUGCUUAAAAAUGAAAAUACUUUUUAAUGUA